AAUUCAGUUAAAUUUCAGCAGUGAUCGCGAGAGCUUUGUCAGAUUGAAAAAAGCAAGAUUUAUGCACCCACAAUUAAUUUUCGUUUUGUGAAGUGAACUGAAACCGUGUUAUAAAGAAACAAAAAACCCAGCUAAGCAAGCCCAAGAAACCCCAAACAAAAUUGCUUAAAAUAACAACAAAAAAUGUGCAGUGCGAAAAGCAAACGGCAAAUCAUGUGAGCAACCACAAUUUAUGCUCGAGUGACAAGAACAACAAAGCGAAUUUACGUGGCAGUUCAUUUUGCCGAGAAGAUGCCAAUUGAUUUUGAUUUUCGCAAAUUAUAACGAGACAUUUAUAUGAUUUGAUAGCGAGCCAGAAAUUCGCAAACAAUUCCCGGCGACCAGGCAAGGUCAUAUCGAUUGUCAUCAGCUUCUGUCGGCACCCCACUGAACACCGCCCACCACCCACCACCCACCACCACCCCCUCAGCCACAUCGCCCCACUGGAAAGCAAACAGAGCGAAUAUGCCAAGCUUGCACAAGACAAGGAGGUUCCUGCACCAGAUGCUAAUAAUAUAUGGGCUAAUAUUUGUUUCCAGUGCAACGACACUUGACCAGGAGCCUUUGCCGGACUUGUGCGAUGCGAUUAAAUGCCCUCCGGAUGCCGAAAUGCAAUGCCCGGCGGAUAGUGCCGUUCGCCAGAACCUGGUUGCAGUGGACCUGAUUAAAUCGAAUGCCGUGGAGCUGCCCGCCCCGGGCGAUAUGUCCGCUGGCGAUGCUGUGUCCUACAACCGGAGUCUGAUAUCGGAGGAGGAUUACGUCCAUUGCUGCCUGAACCGGAAGUGUGUGUGCAAGACGUGUUACAUUCCGGACUGCGAUGUAGAAACGGACGAGGUGACGGUGGAGCUGCUGCCAGAGAAUGGUAAAACGCCCGGGCAAUGUUGCGGCACCUACGACUGCCGAACGGAGCCCAAUUGCACGGUGGUGCGGGACACGGACUACCACUGGCUGAAGCAGUGCCAGCGGUGCCAGUGCGACUCCGGACUGAAGAUUUGCCACCAGACCUGCGACGAGCGGGCCGAGGGUGUGUGCCAGUCGAAGAUUCCGGGCAUGUUCUACAAGGACGGCGAAACCUGGACGGACAACUGCCAGACGUGCGAGUGCGUGAAGGGCGAGCCCAAGUGCACAAUGUCCCUGUGCACUGGCCUCAACUGUCCCAGCGAACGGCAGGUCAAGCUGAAGGACACCUGUUGUCCGGUCUGCUGGCCCAAGUGUGCCCCGAUGCCGCAUGAAAAGCAAAACGACGACGAAUCCUACGGCGAUUAUGUCGAUGAAACGGAAACCGAGCCUGCAGAGGAGGAUCCACUGCCACCGCUGUUGCCCGAUCCCCUGCUGACCACCACUCAGACUCAGCAGAGUGCAGAGCUAAUGGACAGCACCACCACCACAACAACCACAAGCAGCACCACCACAAGCACUGCUGCACCACUGACCACCUCCAUUUGCCACAAUGCCUUUGACCAGCCGAAAGUGGUGGAGGUGGUCAACCAAACCAACUAUGUCUCCUACUGGCUAGCGGCCUACUCGGCUAUCGCCACCAUUGCAAUGAUGGCCAUGGGCUUCUAUAUUUGCAUGCAGCGUGCCAAGAAACGUUCCUACGCUCCGGUCUCCAUUCUGGACCACAGCAUCUAAUCAAGAGAUCUUUCGAAAUACUACUUACAACAAUACUAUUAAAAAGAAAAGCUAUUUAGACUAAGUAUUCCGCUCUGCCUUUUGAGUGUGACCAGGCGGAUCAAUAAAAGUGUGUAAAGGCCAGGCCUGGUCACACUAAUCAUUUUAAUCGCUUAAUUAGGAGUACCAAAUACCCAAGUCUUUCUAAUGCCUUUGCCUUUGUUUGUUUGGUAUUGAUCUCAUUUAAACUUUUCACCUUUCACUUGCAAAACAAAAACAAAAAAUUUAACGAAAGAAAAUCACACGAAAAGAUAAGCAACGAACUUCCGCAGCAGCAAAAUCAAAGUAUUCUUAUGAAAUUACGCAAAAAUAUUUAAUUACAAACGAAACAAGAGUUACUAUUACUAAACAAACGCAAAUGAUGUAUGUAUAUACUUGAUGCUUUCCCCUUCCAUGGAAAGUCUAAUUUUUUUAAACUAAACAUUUUGAUUUAAGAGAACAACCAAAUCAUAUUUAGGAGCGAGCAAAAAAGAAAAUUAAACUUGCUCGAUACACUUCGUAGUUUUUAGUUUUAGCUCUUAAUUUAGGAAGUAUGUGAUAUAUAUGCUAAUUAGCCUAUGUAAUUUGUCAACCAAGGCACGCUGCUGUUUAAAAAAAAAGAAGAAAACAGUAUUUGCAACACAAGACCCGAAAGCCCCGGAACGAAAUGGAACGCACCGCAAUCGCAGAAGGACGUUCAACUUUAGCUAAUGUCAUAACGUUGCCACAUAAAUGUAUACUAUAAAAACUUUAUUUAAAUUUAUGUUUAAUAAUAAACCAAAAUUGGUAUGCAAAGCGAAGAAAACCAAUUAAAA